GGUCCACAAAAACACGAUGCAGAAUAUGUUUAGAUGGGCAGGCUUCGGAACUAUAUCCACUUGCUUAUCUAUAUCAUAAUCCCAAAAAACACAUUGCUCUGGCAUCCCGUCAUCUUGAACAAGCAACAUCAACAAGCAAUACUGAAUAGGGGUAUUGACUUGUUUCUUUCGGACAACACGAACGGCGCCGCAGCCAGAGGUAUACUAUAAAAUAUGCUCCUUCGUUCAGGGUGCGCUCACGUUGAAUCAUUGUCUUAUGAUGAGGUCCUUCGGAGUGUUAUUGACCGUUAUCUUUGUGGGUCUGCCUGACUGUGUUCUGAGCGCAGCUACCGGUUCCGUGAAAUGCAAGAGUAAUGCCGCAGACACUGCGUUCCUCGCGCGUUGUCACAAUAACAGAGUCCAAGCACGUCUGCCUCCCACCAUCAAUCCCGAUCCCAAGUCAUCCAUUUGCUGGGUCCCACCACCCCCAGGCUGGUUUUACGGCAACUGGAAAAUGACCUACUCGUCCGAACCCAGCUACCUACACUUGCACAACAUGCACUCCGACACUUCACCUGUCUUUCCUCAAUCGAGCAAGCUGCCGGGACAGAAUAAUGACGUGGUUUCAUACCAAAUAGCAAAUUCAACGACCAUACUCACCGAACACACUAUCGAUACUCCUAGGCGUUCAAAGGAUCCGUCGCUGGGUCCGGAGUGGGAUGCAGUGUACGACACCGUGGGUACGGGCAACAUGGCUGCCGUAAAUAACACCUGGGAGCUCCUUGCUUGGGGAUACGACACCUGCGGAGACGGAUACCUCGUGAUUUACGAGACAGCGACACCAAUUAUCCGGAGUCCUUCAGGGCUCGAUAUCGAGUCUCGAAGUGAAAAUGGACCUAGUCCGGAGACCUUGGCAGAUAUUUUCGUCGAAUUGUUGGCACUGAAUAAUACGGAAUUGUCCGAGUUGGUGAAGGGAACAGUGAAGCAGGUGGUGGAUGGUAGAAGGUGGGGCAUGUCUCCUGUUGAGUGUGAUGCACAUUGCGUGAACAAUACAGGUGUCUCUGCCUAAUUCACUUAAUAUAAUGUCAUAACUAUUGCAUGUCCUUUCGCGUCACGUAAACAUGUGGGGUUUCUUUGUAAUUGCGAUUGCGUGCUGCCUCUAUUACAUGAUCUAUCAGGUUUGAUUUGGAUUGUCUUAA